AUGGCGAGGCUAGCCUCGUCCGACUCUUUCCUACCUUCGGGUGCACACGACAUGCAUCAUUUCUCCCUCUCACAGGGAGGUGACACUUCUGUCAUCUCUCCUCUGUCCCUUCCGAGGAAUGCGACCCAUUACUUUGAGCCCCAGGCCCGCCCUGCCCUCCCGACCAGCAACUCGUACCGUGCAAGGGGUAGACAAUCGAAUCAUUUCUUCUCUCCCAGACUAGCUCCGACUUCAACACAGAUGAGCCACCAACUUUACUUGCAGCAGCGUCAACAAAAACAGACGCAACAUCGAUCGGCCAGUCUGUCGCCAACAUUCAGAGGCACCACCGUCCCGACAGUCAGUGAUCUUAUUGGGACAACGCGUGCCCUCUUAACCCAUUCAGUACCUACUGGUGACACAAUGUUGUCGCCGCCGCACUCAGUACCACCAUCACUUUCAAGUUCUAUACCAACAUCAGCACAUUCGUAUGGAAUGCAGUCACGUGCGGCCUCGGCUGAUUCCAAUACAUCGGCGGGCAACCUGUAUGCACAAAGGAUAGCAAUACUCGAGAAGCAGAAUGCAGCAAUUCGCCAGGCUUGGGAGAACGAACGGAAGUAUUUGGAAGUGAACCGGGCACGCGCCGAGGAGGUUUACCAAGAAGAACGCACUAUUUGGGAGGCUGAACGGGCAAUUCUGUUGGAAGAAAUUGCCCUUCUCCGGUUAGAGGUUACACGAGCACGCAUCUCCGGAAUUCCCGAGUGUGAUGAGGAUGUCAUUGGUCUUAGAGGUGGCGGCGACAGCCGUGGACACCCGGCUGGCUCGGACAGUGUGCCGGUGUCGUCAGGGUCGUCGGAACAGCAGGAACAGGCGUUGACUCAGGCGACGUCAUGUCAUUCAAAAGCCUCCCAAGUUCUGGCUCGGCUGGCAAACGGUGCGUCUGGCCCUAGUCCACCACUGGGGGCACGAAUCAGUCCUUCGCAGCAAUCCCAGCCGCGAUCACAUGUCAGCAGUCCUCCCCAGGAGCCUUUGGAUACAAUGCCUGUGCACGAAUCCAGGGAGGGGACCCCUGUUCCUACCAUUGAUGUUCAGAUUAUCCAUCCCGACCUCGAAGGCAUUCCCAUCAAGAAGACUGCCGUCGAGAAGUCAACCUUUACGGACACCGAAACUAGCCGUACUACGUCCAAGUCGGGCUCAGCCAGAUCUUCGCCUCCUCUCCCAAGUUCCAGUCCCGACGGAGUAAGGAGUAGGCCGCAAGAGAAGGACGUAUUAAAGGUCCUUGCAGCACCGGCACCCCAGCGUCUUGUCAUCAAUGCAGGACAUACGCCAAAUCACUCGCUGUCAAUUCUCCCCUCAGCAGCAACAACUGUAGCACAUACCACUGCCAGUAGCUCGGGCGAGGUGACACCUACCACCACAGCCCCUGACGGAUGCCUCAGCCGCGGAAGUGCUGGCAAGAGCAAGCACGUCGAUGAGUCUUCGGAUUCAACCAUCACUGUCGGAGCAGACGCUGUCGGCGUUGAGUCAAUUGAUAUGGGCACCUUGACGCCACCUGAGGGUGAUCAACCUCUGAAGGGAUUUCUUGGCAUUCGGAACCAGCCUGCCCACGACGAGAUCUUUUUCCGUAAGCUGGACAGGAAGCUCGAGGCCAUUAAGAGUGAGGGUGAUGUCGUGCCCACUGUUCUCAAGAACGCCGACGAGUCCACGGAUGGUGGCAAUCUACUUAUUGAGAAGGUCACGGGCGUUGAUGGUGUCAUACAACCCGUCAACGGUGAAACAGGGCCUGAGCAGCAACCGGAAACCUCUGGUGGUCAGGGAUCCCAAUCAUGCAGUGGAAGCGAUACCGAGGAGCUGAACUUGGAAAUUCCGCUUAAGUUCAAGAAGUCCAACAACUUUGGUGCUCCUCUGGGGUAUGGGUUCUCUGCCAGCUCUGCACAGGCACACUAG